GAGGGCGGGGCGCAUGCGUGCCGCCCGCCCGCCCCCAGUACGCAUGCGCGGUGCCCGCUGGCCCUUAAAGGGCCAAAGCGGGGGCGGCGGGGCUCUCCCUGCUGGCCGCGGCGCUCUUGGCGGCCCCGCACCGGGCCCGGGCCGCGACCGGCGGCGACAAGCGCGCCCCCACCCCCCGCGAAGGCCCCCCCAGCGACCCUUGACCUCUGACCUCCCACCUCUGACCUCCCACCUCCGAACUGCGACCGCCAUCUUGCGGCGCUGACCGCCAUCUUGCAGCACUGACCGCCAUCUUGCAGCGCUGACCGCCAUCUUGCAGCGCUGACCGCCAUCUUCCAACACUGACCGCCAUCUUGCAGCACUAACCGCCAUCUUCCAACACUGACCGCCAUCUUGCAGCGUUGACCGCCAUCUUCCAACACUGACCGCCAUCUUGCAGCACUAACCGCCAUCUUCCAACACUGACCGCCAUCUUGCAGCACUAACCGCCAUCUUCCAAUGCCGACCGCCAUCUUGCAGCGCUGACCACCAUCUUGCAGCGCUAACCCCCCCCCGGGGGUCUCGCCCCCCCCCCCCCCAUGCUGCCGGGGGUGCGGACAGCGGCGCUGGGGGCCGCCGAGGUGCCGGGGGGCCCCUACAGCGUGCGGGUGCUGCAGGAGGGCUACAGCGAGACGCUGCCCGACGGUUGCGUGCGGGCCGACGGCACCGUCACCCUGCUGCGGGGGGGGUCCCUGACGGUGCUGGUGGACACGGGGGGGCCGUGGGACCGCGAGCGGCUGCCGGCGCUGCUGGCGGCCCAGGGGCUGCGCCCGGCCGACGUCACCCACGUCGUCUGCACCCACGGCCACUCCGACCACGCCGGCAACGUCAACCUCUUCCCCGGGGCCACCUUGCUGGUGGGCUUCGACCUGAGCCGCGGCGCCGGGCUCUACCUGCCCCACGGCCUGGCCCGGGGGCAGCCCCACGCCCUGGAGCCGGGGCGCCUGGAGGUGCUGCCCACGCCGGGCCACGUGGGCGCCCACGUCAGCGUGGCCGUGCGCGGCACCGCCCUGGGCACCGUGGUGGUGGCCGGCGACCUCUUCGAGCGCGAGGGCGACGAGGGGACCUGGCAGGGGCUCAGCGAGGACCCGGCGCGGCAGGAGGCCAGCCGCCGGCGCGUGCUGGCCAUGGCCGACGUCAUCGUGCCGGGCCACGGGCCCCCCUUCCGCGUCUUCAGGGAGUGGGGGGCCGGGGAGGCCCUGCCGGAUGAGGGGACACCAGGGGACAGGGAGAAGGGGGACGAGGGGGACAAUCCCUAGGGACAUCCCUGAGGGAGGGGGGAGACUUGGGGCCACCGCCAGGGGAGACAAGACUUCUGGAGAUGUCCCCAAGGAAGGGGGGGGACAGAGCCAGGGAUGUCCCCAAGGGAUAGGAGAGACCCGGGGACAUCCUGGAGGGACCCAGAGAUGUCCCCAAGGGAUGGGAGAGACCCAGGGACAUCCUGGAGGGACCAGAGAUGUCCCCUAGGGAUGGGAGAGGCCUGGGGACAUCCCGGAGGGACCCAGGGAUGUCCCCAAGUGAUGGGAGAGAGGGAUUCCCCCCCACAAAGAUGUCCCCAAGGGAGGAAGAAGAGAGACUUGUGGUGUUCCUGGAGAAAAGGAGAAGCCCAGAGACGUUCCCUAAAGAGGGGACAGAGCCAGGUGAGUCCCCAAGGAUGAGAAGAGACUUGGGGACAUCCUUUCAGGACAGUAGAGCCCCAGGGAUGUCCUCAAGGAUGAGAAGACCCUUGGGCAUGUCCCCAUGGGACAGAAGAGCCCCAGGGAUGUCCUCAAGGACUAGGAGACCCUUGGGGAUGUCCCCACAGGACAGGACACCCUUGGGGACAUCCCCAGCCACAAAAUAAAGCUGUUGAGCAGA